CGUCGCUGCACCAGAACCUUUCCGCAGGGUGGCGCACGAGCAUUAGCUUCACUCCAGCGCUCCCUCUCUUCCUCCAGACUCCUAGAGGUCGCCAUUCGCAGGAGCAAGAGUGACGCCGUGUGCCGUUGGAGUUGCGUGCGAGAGGCUCUCAGAGAGUCUCACAACAGUGAGGCGGAGCUGGGAAUGUAUCAGCUACUGAAGCCUUACUUAACUCAGUACCUCCACACACUCGCCUACAAGAGCAGGAAAUUCCCCGGAAGAUAGAGCCCAGGAGGAGCGUCGUGCGCGUCCUAAAGCUAACCAUCUAUAUGAGGAGGAUAGAGAGGUUUGUGACGGAUCAGUCUGGACUCGAUACCAGGACGGGCAGUAGAGGAGCACAAAGCCGGUGGAGUGUCUCUGGAGCGGGGAGAUCAGCCCAGCCCCCCACAUACAUAUACACACACACAGACCGGCCUGCUGCUCUUAGCCUGUUGCUGCUGUGUGUGUGAUCUCAUCAUAACAGUCCCUCUUACAUCUCACAUAUCUCAGAGACACACGUCUGUAAGUAGUUUGGAGUUGUUUUGUCUUUGUUUAGAGGCUGGCUGGUGUAUUUUGUAGCGGUAUAGCGUUCUGCUGCUGGCUAAUCAGUUAGCUGUAGCAUGUCGUCGUGUGUACAGCAGCCUCACGGGCAUGAUGUAGUUUGAUUAUUAGAUCUCUUUUUUUAUUACAAGACAAACCAUGUUUGAUAAAAGGACGCGUGACAUUAACCAGCGAGUUUGGCGUUUUUAAAACCCGCGUCUUCUACAUGUUAACGGCUAAGUGGAGUCACUUAUUCCGUGCGACAUAAUCUCGUUUAAGUCGGCGAGGUGCUGUUUAUGCUGCAAAACUGUGUACAACACAUAAAAUGUGAGUGUGUAUUUGAUUUCACUCGGCUUAUGUUGAACCAAACUGUGAAUUUGCUGAGUAACUCGUCUUGUGUAUGAGGAGAUACUGAAUGGAGAGCUCUCGUUUACUCUGACUGGACUGAUCCUCUGGAUGUCCCCUACCAUCAUUGGAGUCAGUGGACAUUUGCAGGAAAAUCAUUCUCACAGGGGCUUUUAUUUGACUGUUUGUGGCGGAUAAAGUCCAGGGAGAGAGAGACACUGCUGCACCAGCCUGUAUCCCCAUCAUUUGGCUGCUUAAGCGAGUCCCCGAUGCGGAGGGGCUGAGUGCGCCCGGGACAUGCUGAAGUGUAUCCCGCUGUGGCGGUGCAACCGUCACGUUGAGUCUGUGGACAAGCGGCAUUGCUCGCUCACUGCGGUGCCCGAUGAGAUCUACCGCUACAACCGCAGUCUGGAGGAGCUGCUCCUGGACGCCAACCAGCUGAGAGAGCUGCCUAAGCCUUUCUUCAAACUGCACAAUUUGCGAAAGCUGGGCCUCAGUGACAAUGAGAUUCAAAAAUUGCCGCCCGACGUUGCCAACUUCACACAGCUGGUGGAGCUGGACAUCUCCAGAAAUGAUAUUUCUGAGAUUCCUGAAAACAUUAAAUUAUGUCAGGCCUUGGAGAUUGCAGACUUCAGCGGAAACCCCUUGACCAGGUUGCCUGAUGGCUUCACACAGCUCAGAGGACUGGCUCACCUAUCACUCAAUGACGUGUCACUGCAGUCUCUACCCAAUGACAUAGGAAACUUGUCAAACCUGGUGACUCUAGAGCUGAGGGAGAAUCUACUGAAAUCUUUACCUUCCUCUCUUUCCUUCCUGGUUAAACUGGAACAGCUGGAUCUGGGCAGCAAUGUACUGGAAGUUUUGCCUGACACACUUGGGGCACUGCCCAAUCUUCGUGAGCUGUGGUUGGACAGAAACCAGCUCUCCUCACUACCUCCUGAGCUGGGGAACCUGCGGCAGCUGGUUUGCUUGGACGUGUCAGAGAACCGUCUAUCAGAGCUUCCCACAGAGAUCAGCGGCCUUAUCGCCCUCACAGACCUGCUGCUCUCCGAGAACCUCCUGGAAGUCUUGCCGGACAGCAUUGGCUCACUUAAGAAGUUGUCAAUUCUGAAAGUGAACCAGAACCGCUUGGUACAUCUCACAGACUCUCUUGGCGAGUGUGAGAACCUGACAGAGCUCAUGUUGACUGAGAACCUUCUCCAGUCCCUCCCUCGCUCACUUGGGAAGCUGAAGAAGUUGACCAACUUGAAUGUGGACCGAAACCGCUUGAGCAGCGUCCCAGCAGAGCUGGGGGGAUGUGUCAGCUUGAACGUGCUCUCCCUUAGAGAUAACCGCUUGGGAAAGCUACCUGCUGAGCUCGCCAACGCCACAGAAUUACACGUGCUGGACGUGGCAGGCAACAGGUUGCAGAACUUGCCAUUCGCAUUGGCCAAUCUGAACCUGAAGGCCAUGUGGCUGGCGGAGAACCAGUCUCAGCCCAUGCUGAAAUUCCAGACAGAGGAUGAUGAGCGGACUGGGGAAAAAGUUCUCACCUGCUACCUGCUGCCCCAGCAACCCUCAUCAAGCCUUGAGAAUCUGUUGGACAGGAGCGCUGAUGAAACCUGGCCCACAGACACUAAUUUGAACAGGGUAUCAGUCAUUCAGUUCCGGGAUGACUCCAAACACGAAGAGGAAGAUGAGGAGACUGCGGCAGAGAGGAGGCAGGGUCUUCAAAGGAGAGCCACACCACAUCCUAGUGAGUUAAAGGUGAUGAAGAAUGUCAUUGAAGCCAGAAGAAAUGAGGCAUAUACAGCCAAACCAGAUGAGGAACUGGAGUCCCCGGACUCUCAGGAGAAGCGGUUGAGUGGGCUGUCCAAUCAAAGUCAUGAUUCUCAGGCUUCCAGUAGCACCACCUCGGCCACUUCUCAGGAUGAGAAGCGGGGUAUAAACAGUACAGGGAUGGAACUUAAUAAUGGACAGGGUCAAGAGGAGGAGGAGCUAGAUGAGAUGGAGGUGGAGUAUUCUGAGCCUACUGUGCACUUUGCCGAAGAGCCCAUCAUCCGUGGUGGUGAUGAUGAGGAAGAUGAGAAUGAAGAUGAUGAUGAAGACGCUGAAAGGAGCGAUGAGGACUCCCGAACGCCCCCUUUUCCUGCCGAGAAACAGCGGCUCAUACGUAAAGACACACCACACUACAAAAAGCACUUCAAGAUCACCAAGCUGCCCAAACCCGAGACUGUCGCCGCCCUGCUGCAAGGAUACAGUCAUGACGGCCUGUCACCUACUGCUCACACCCCUGAGGACGAAAGGGAUGGUGAUGUGGAGGAGGAGGAGGAGGAGGAAGACGAAGAGGAAGAGGGAGGAGUAAUAGUCAAUACUCCAUUCCAGCACAGACUAGAAACUGCUGAGUUAGAAGACAGUAGGCUGAGUCAGAUGAACUCAUCCCUGCAGCCAGUGAAGGGGGUGUCAUUUGAUCAAGUCAAUAAUCUGCUGAUUGAGCCUGCUCGAAUUGAGGAGGAAGAGCUGACCCUGUCCAUCCUGAGGCAGACUGGUGGGUUAGGCAUCAGCAUAGCAGGGGGGAAAGGAUCUACGCCCUAUAAGGGCGAUGAUGAGGGUAUUUUCAUUUCUAGAGUGUCAGAAGAAGGCCCUGCAGCUCGUGCUGGGGUCAAAGUGGGAGACAAACUUCUUGAGGUGAACGGAGUAGACCUGCACGGAGCGGAGCAUCACACAGCUGUCGAGGCCUUGCGUAACUCGGGGGCAGCCGUGUCUAUGACCGUUCUGCGGGAACGCAUGGUGGAACCAGAGAACGCCAUCACCACCACGCCGUUGCGACCAGAGGAUGAUUAUUUCCCCCGGGAGAGACGGUCCAGUGGGCUGCCUUUCCUCUUGGACCCUGCCUCACCUGCUGUUAGCACUGGACCUUCACAGCGACUAGCCACUUGUCUGAUCCGCAACGAUAAAGGUUUAGGUUUCAGCAUUGCUGGAGGGAAAGGGUCAACCCCGUACCGAGUAGGAGACACGGGAAUCUUCAUCUCUCGUAUUGCUGAAGGAGGAGCUGCUCAUAGAGACAACGUCCUGCACGUGGGAGACAGGGUCAUAUCAAUCAAUGGUGUAGACAUGACAGAGGCCAGGCAUGACCAGGCAGUAGCGCUGCUUACUGGCACCUCCCCCACCAUCACCCUCCUGGUCGAUCGGGACCAGGCCAGUGCAGGGGGCGCCUCCCCUCGAACGCGACCUCAUUCACCCCCUCCUCCAGAGCCAUCUGACUCACCUGAGCAAGAGGAAGGAGACGAGCACCUUGGAAACCAUCUCAACUGUCCCAUGGAAGAUGAAUACCCCAUUGAGGAAGUGACGCUGAUCAAAGCAGGUGGUCCCCUGGGUUUGAGCAUUGUAGGGGGUAGCGACCAUGCCAGCCACCCGUUUGGAAUUAAUGAGCCAGGGGUGUUCAUCUCAAAGGUCAUCCCCAAUGGCUUGGCCUCUCAGAGUGGACUUCGUGUGGGUGAUCGUAUCUUGGAGGUGAACGCCAUCGACCUGCGACAUGCCACACACCAGGAAGCUGUUAGAGCCCUGCUCUCCAACAAACAGGAGAUCCGAAUGCUUGUGCGCAGAGAUCCCUCGCCCCCCGGCAUGCAGGAGAUUGUCAUUCACAAGCAGCCUGGAGAAAAGCUAGGCAUCAGCAUCAGGGGCGGAGCUAAAGGCCAUGCAGGAAACCCCUUUGACCCCACAGAUGAGGGCAUCUUCAUUUCCAAGGUGAGCUCCAGUGGUGCUGCUGCACGAGACGGCCGACUGCGGGUGGGCAUGCGUAUUCUUGAGGUGGGCAACAACAGUCUGCUGGGUAUGACACACACGGAAGCAGUGAGGGUCUUGCGUGCUUCCGGUGAUUCCUUGGUAAUGCUUGUGUGUGAUGGCUUUGACCCAAGAAACGCUACAGGCAUAGAGGCAUCCCCUGGUGUUAUUGCAAACCCGUUUGCAGCUGGUAUUGUUCGUAAGAACAGUAUGGAGAGCAUCUCAUCAGUAGACAGAGACCUGAGUCCUGAAGAGAUUGACAUCAUGCAGAAGGAAGUAGAGAUGGUGAGAGAGACAUCCCAGUGGGAACGGGAGGAGAUGGAAAAAGUGAAUUUGAGCACUGGACCCCUGAAACUGGACUACAAGACACUGGCGGCUCUGCCUACAACUAGUCUACAGAAAGUUAACAGAUUUUCUCCCUCCUUUGCUGCAUUCGUCACAAUGGAGGCUGCCAUGCCGGCUGGCCCUGUAGAUCCCCUGGGUUUUGAGAAAGUCCAUGCCUCUAUGUACCAUGUAGAACCCGUUGCCCUCCCUUCGUCUCCAGUCUGCCCAGCCGCAAGUUCAGCGGCUUUAAAACAGCCCCAAGCCGACACAUGGGACCCCCUCCUCCCAGCUCUAGGAGUGCCACAAGAAACUAGCACGGAAGAAGAAUGUCUUGUAGACUCCCAGCCAAUCUGCUUUAGUGAAAAUCCAUUCCUUGUGGCUAAUCGCAAGAGCAAAGGCUGCCCUCCUGAGGAGCGCAUUUUAUCAGGGCCACCUGUGGGUUACGGCAGGCAUGGGCAGCUGCAACCCUGGUUGUACAGCAAGGGUUCACCAUCUGAGCCUCACAGGAUUGACAGUCCUGUCCGAGAUGCUGCCUACUCUCCACACAACUCGCAGCAGUCCCACAAAUCUUCCUUUGCGAUGCUUGGAAGAGAGGUUCGAUAUUCAAACAUUCAGCUUCCUUCACAUGCAAACACCAAGGAUAAUUCAUCAACUAAACCUGGUGCCAUCCAGCCGCUCUCUAGGGUGCGACCCGCUGUGUCUCCAGCCAGUCAGGAUGGCCACAGCAGUCCCAACCCUUUCCAGCAUGGCCUCUCUCCCAUCAGCUCUCAGACCACUCCUCGUGCCCCAUCCCCUGACACACAUGAGGAAUACCCCAUCAAUAUCAAGCAGGUAUAUAAGGCCUUCGCAGCUGUGCCACACUCCUUGGCCGUACUGGAACCCCCACAGGAUCUUUACUCUCCACGGAACAAUGUCAGCGCAAAGCAACCAUCACCAGAGCCUGAGCUGAAUAAUGAGGUGUUUAUGGAUGAGGGUGAUGGUGAGGGCAAUGGUCCUCUCGGCUCUCGUCCCUCCCUCUCAUCUGACCGCCGCGAGUACAGAAGCCUGGCAGCCGUGCCACGCUUGUCUCGCCACUCAAUGGAGUCGAAGACUCCCUCCUCUUUUGGCAGAGAUAGUCCUGAGCAGCGCUCCUUUAGGGACAGACAGAAAUAUUUUGAGAUUGAUGUGAAGCAGCAGACACCAGACAAACCUAAACCUCGCAUCUCUCUUGUGGGAGAAGAUGAUCUGAAGAAAAUGAAAGAGGAAGAAGCAAAGCGAAUUGAACAGAGGGCACGAGAGUAUAUGCUGGAUGAAGACGAGGAGGAGGAGGAAGAUCUGGCAAAACAGGUGGCAGAUAUGAAGGCUCACGGAAAGGUUAUACUUGAUGGUGUGGAGUACAAGGUGGAGAGCUUGGGAAGUCACAGUUCCCCAUCUCCACGGCAGUGUGCCACGCCUCCGAGCUAUAGUGCCACACCUCCCAGCCACUGUGGCAGCUCAGGUCCUUCCUCUAUCGACGGUAAAGGAGACUCCCAGCGGAAUUCAGUGGAAGACAGCUUCAGACUGGAACAGAGACCCAAUUCCAUGACGGGUUUGAUCCCAGUUUAUCCUGGUGAAUCUGUGGCUCCCAUUCGGACAGCCAAAGCAGAGCGUAGGCAUCAAGAUCGGUUACGCAUGCAGAGUCCGGAGCUUGCCGUCGCUAUGGACAAGGAGCUGUCGCCUGCUGAAAAACGAGCCCUGGAGGCAGAGAAGAGGGCCAUGUGGAGAGCAGCUAGGCCUUAUGGUCUAGAGGAGGACGUAAGGCAGUAUGAGCAAGACCUGGCUAAGCGGCUCUACCAGUCCCGUGUGAGGGCGUCACUAGGCAGUGCUGCAGCCCCUCCCACUUCCUGCUCCUCCUCUUCCUAUCAGCCCAGGAUGAAGUCUCUAGAGCAGGAUGCUUUGAAGGCCCAGAUGGUCAUUGCCAAGUCUAAAGAGGGGAAGAAGCGUGGAACGUUGGAUCAGCUGUCGGAGUCACCGUCACCUGCGCCCACACCCUCCCCAACACCAAUGGAAGAUAUCAGUCCACGGGCAGUGACUUCACCAGGCAGACUGUCCCUGUCAGAAAAGAAGUUUGACUACCGACAAUUCGCUGCCAUUCCUUCUUCCAAACCCGUUUACGACAUUCAGUCCCCUGGUGCAGGUGAUGAUGUGCGCUUCAUGGAUGAUGCCUCCAGUAACCCAGAUCCAGAAGUUCCUGUAGCCACCACGUCCGCUCUAGAGGAGAUGGCUCUCUACAGCAACAAGCGCAAACUACGACAGGGCCGCCGCAGCCUGGAGGCUCCUGUGCCCACAUAACCGUACUCACACACUAAUGCAUCUGAACUGUGAAGAUAAAACACAAUAGUGAUCAUCUAAUGCUAAGAGAUGUACACAGAUAUUAAACCACUCUUAUUUCAGUGCCGACAACACAGGUUGGGAGGUGAGCUGAUGGGUGUCUCUAGUCACUAGUUGAAAAGAGUUGCUAUGAAAGGUCCAGAGGAUGGCUGAUUCAUUUACCUGUUGUACUCAAUUUUUCUGUCCGUCACCAUUUUAGAAACAGAAUUGUUUUAAGAGAUGCUGUGGGUUUUCCUAAACACUUUGAAAACCUCCUCUAGAAAAUGUUCUGGGUGAAAUGUGGAAAGGCAGAAAAGGAUAUUUUUAAAUGUAUCCAUGUUCAUGUUUUGGGACAUUCGGUUUGGGACAACAUACUGCUACCUUCACUGCCCCAUGUAAGCCAGAAUUUCACUUUUGUUGUUUUAAUUCACAAUCAGAAAAAAAAAAAAAAAGCUUUUAUUCCUUUAAAUGUAAUUUAUUAAUGUAAUAUACUGUUUUUAAUCUAUGGGAAUCCAGUACAAUAGAGGAUCAAACUGAGGCUUUUUGACAUGUGUAUAAGCUGAUUACUUGUGAUUUUGUGACGAAUUUUGAUUUUUGGGAUUGGGAUAAAUUUUCUUGCACGCAACAUUGUAAGAUUGAAAACGAGGCCUUGGCACAAAGCUUUAUUUCCAUUUGAUAUCCAUAUCGGUUUUAAAACAGAUUCUCUUUUAAGGUGAUGCAAAUGAAUGUAAUAUUUUUGAAAGGUUGCAUCUGACCUUAUUCAAAGAUCUGUUCUGGACCUUUUCGGAAUGUGUAUGAUCAUGCCAUAUCAUAAAGACUGAUCUACUGUAUUGAGUAGCAUCAUUCUAAACUUUUGAAUCAAUCUCUAGUCUUCCUUUAAUGGACUAGGAGAGUAAAAUGAAGUGGAUAAUGUUUUCCUAAGACUUUUUUGUUUUGUUUUGUUUUUAAUUUGGUGAUCUAAAUCACCUAAAAUGCAUUCUCCAUUUUUUUUUUUCUACUCCUCGUUCUGGGGCAUGUUGUAUAUCUAUACGUUGAAUCAUUCCCUUUACUACACAGAGUGACCAGAGUGUAGAAUUUCACUCUGACAAACACUCACCUCUCCAUAAACAUAUGGUACCAUUUUGGGAGUGCGAGGAGGAAAUCGAAUAAUUUGAGAACAUUUGGUCUCUAUUAACAUCUACGAAUCUUGCUCAUAUCUUUUCUUUCUCUUACUCUGACAGGUGUGUGAAGGUAGUAGAUGUUUUCUAAUCUACAUUUUAAUUGGUUGAAGCCACUAAAAAGCUCAUUGUGUGAAUAAUGUAUAAAUGCUUAAAAUAAGGAGCAAAAAUCAAAAUUGAAUCUGAGCCUUUCUGCCCCAAGACCAAACAAAAGUCUGGAGGGUGUAGAUGAUUCUACCAGGGUCCUGACUGACUGAUCCCUGUGUGUAUAUUGGUUUAUUGCUUAUUGCAAUUUUACUGUCAAUCCUGUGUGAGGACUAAGACGAUAUACUUUUAUUAUUCCUUCAAAUAAACAUGUUUUAUGUCAUGUUCUCAAAUCAGUUGUUCACCACCCUGGCUGCCAUCAACACUGUGUCCCGAUGAACCUGUCGAACUUAUGAAAUAAUCUUUUUUUUAAAUUUUACUAAUCUUAGCUUUUGUGUUGCUCUCAUUGACUGAAAUUCAGUUUUGGUUAAUAACAAUUUGGGAUUGCUCAUCUUUUUUUUUUUUUUUUCUUCUUUUUUUUUUUUUUUUAAUUGUAGUUUGAGGAAGAAAAAAAAAAGUUGGUUUUCUGUAACCAAUGGGAUAAUGGGGUUCACUACAUUUUUACUUUUUCAGAGCAAAAGAGUUCGAGCUCUCUUAUUGUUUUCUUGUUGGGGAGGAUUUUUGUUUGUUUUUUGCUAAAGGGGAGGGUGGGACAAAAGGUCUGGGAAUAGAGCUCAUUCAGGACUGUAACUAGUGAAUUUGUACAACCAAAGAAGUCUAUUUUGUGGUUCAGGAAUAAUAAAGUUUACUUUUCAUUUAA